UAGGGUUGAUGUGUUUGAGGCUACCAUGUGGUGCUGAUUUUAUUAAAAGAAAAAAAAAGAACUUAAAGGAAAUAAAUCAGUUGCUAGAGAAUUUUCAGAAUCAUGGGGAAAAAAGGAAAAAAGGAGAAAAAGGUAAAAGGAGCGGAGAAAACAGCCGCGAAAAUGGAGAAAAAAGUGUCAAAGAGGUCCAAACGAGAGGAGGAGGAUUUAGAGGCUUUAAUAGCGGAGUUUCAGACUCUCGAUGCAAAGAAAACUCAAGUUGUAGAGACGACCUGUCCGCCUCCAUCACCAAGAUUGAAUGCAUCUUUCUCUGCUCAUCCUGAAAAAGAUGAGCUAAUUCUGUUCGGAGGAGAAUUCUUCAAUGGAAAGAAGACCUAUCUGUACAAUGAUCUGUUUUUUUACAACAUUAAGAAGAACUGCUGGGUUAAAUCAGAGAUUCCCAACCCACCUCCACCACGCUGCUCCCACCAGGCGGUGGUAGUUCCCCAGGGUGGUGGGCAGCUCUGGGUCUUCGGGGGGGAGUUCGCCUCACCAAAUGGGGAGCAGUUCUACCACUACAAGGACCUCUGGGUGCUUCACCUGUCUACACACACCUGGGAAAACAUCAAGGCGCCUGGUGGUCCGUCGGGCCGCAGCGGCCACAGGAUGGUCCUCAGCAAGAGGCAGCUGCUGGUGUUUGGAGGUUUCCAUGAAAGCACAAGGGAUUUCAUCUACUACAAUGACGUCUACACUUUCUCCCUGGACUCCUUCUCCUGGUCCCGCCUCGCGCCGUCUGGCUCCGCCCCCUGCCCUCGGUCCGCCUGCCAGUUGACCUCCACGCCGGACGGCACGGGCGUCAUCGUGUACGGGGGUUACUCCAAAGUGAGGGUGAAGAAGGAGGUGGAGAAGGGGACGAUCCACACCGACAUGUUUCUCCUGAAGAGGGACGGCAAAGAAGGCCAAGAGAAGUGGUCCUGGUCCAGGGUCAGCCCCUCAGGCAGCAAGCCGCACCCCCGCUCAGGUUUCUCCCUGGCGGUGGGCCCGGGGGGGCGGGCGGUGCUGUUCGGGGGGGUUUGUGACGAGGAGGAGGAGGAGACUCUGGAGGGGGACUUCUACAACGACCUGUACCUGUACGACACGGUGAAGAACCGCUGGUUCCCCGGCCUGCUGCGGGGAAACAGGACGGAGAAGAAGAAACGACGGAGGGGCAAGAAGGCCGGAGCAGAGGGGGAUGCAGCGGAGAAGGAGCAGGACGAGGAGGAGGCGGCGCCUCAAGGGCCCACCGAGGUCGUCAAGGAGAUCGUGACAGAGGACGGCACCGUGAUGACCAUCAAGGAGGUGAUCCCCGGACUCCACGAGGAGGAGCAGGACGACGACGAAGACGAGGAUGAGGAGGACGACGCAGGGUCUGCGGCGGCGCCCCUGGUGGAGCCCUGCCCGCGCUCCAGCGCCAUGGCGACGGCGCGCCAGGGGAAGCUCUUCCUGUACGGCGGGAUGUUCGAGGUGGGCGACCGCCAGUUCACCCUGAACGACCUCUACUGCCUGGACCUGCACAAGAUGGAGCAGUGGGAGGUUCUGGUGGAAAUGGAUCCCAAGACGCAGGAGUGGCUGGAAGAGUCUGAGUCAGAGGGCGAUGAUGAUGAAGAGGAGGAGGAAGAGGCGGCGAAGGGAGCAGAAGGGGAGGAUGAGGAGUCAGAGGAGGAGAGCGAAGAGGAGGAAGAUGAAGAGGAGCACCCCGCUGUGCAGGAGGGCGAGACGGCGACGGACUAUCAGGCCCGCACAGAGCAGUACUGGAUAAAAGUCGCACGACGGAACAUGGGCCCCGACCCCAAGGACAAAAAGGUGGCCAAGGUGGCCCAGGCCAUGGCCAAAGUCUUCUAUGAAGACCAGUAGUGUUAGGCACGGAGCGUGGGUGUCUGUAAAAUAGAUUAUAAUGGAUGACAUUUUAUACAUCAUCUGGGAAGUCCUCUGAUCUCCAUAAUGACGGUUCUGUUAUAAGCUCAUUCAUUUAAAAAAAAAAACCAAAACAAUAUCCCUCAAAUAAACUACAUGCGGUGCAUUAUGUAUAUAUGUUUAU